GCUGAGAGCCGACGCACUUCCGCUGUUUUACUUGUUUGUUAUUGUGAACAUAACCUAUAAUUACUGUAAUCAACAUAGACUUUACGAAAUAACGAUCAGAGAGUUAUUAUUUUUUAAAGUUUCUUAAAAUAUUUUCAAAUUGUUAAUUCUUACCCAUAGUAUAUUAGCUCUUUUAUUCAGUUUAGUUUAGCCAUGGACGAAAUACAUGAAGAUCACAAUGUUGUAUUUAGCAAUUGGGGCUCUUGGAAAUUUUCGAAAAAGGGAGAAAAAAUGUUGAAAGAGUUUCUAGAGAUGAAUAGUGACUUACAAAAAGAAGAACCUUCAGAUGAAUGGAAAUUUCUCAUUUCAAAGUUACCAGACAUUUCUAAAGAUUUCGAAGAUGAUCCAGAAGACGAUUUUCUACAAGCCUCUCAGCACAGUGAUGAUGACAGUGACACUGGAUGGGAUGAAAUAAAGUUUUUUACGUCAAAAAUCAACGAACAAAAUCAAUUACACGAGAAUAAUGUUGAUAUAGACAAAACUGUCGACUUGAUAAGCGCUCUAGUGGUCAGUAGUAUAGAGGAUGAUCAGUCAGAUACCGCAAUGGAAGUUGAUUGCAAUGUUGACAUUAAUCUAUCAAAAUCACAAACAACGUUUGUUAGAAACAAUGAAGACAAUGUUUUACAAAAGUCUGAAGAUCCUGAUGAGGAUACAGAAGACAUAAAAUGUGGGAAGGAUAAACUAGAGCUUGGUAGAAACGACCUUCCUCAGCUACUUCUGGCCAAACUAAAUGCAGAUGCAAUCGAUGAAGAUGGAGUGAAUGAGUUGCUCGAAACGCGUACAUUGACCAAAGAACAGCUGAUCAGUGUGUGGACCCAACUGGACACCAAUGACGCUAGAAUGACCCUGACUCGGUCAUUGGCCAAUGUGGCCUUGUAUCAUUUGUUCCUAUGUCAGACUCUCCUUCUGCCCUGGCUGUGCAGCAGUGAUUUUGAAAACGCAACAGAAAUUGUUGAUAGCAUUGCUGACAUUUUGCCAAAAAUUUCUGAAGUUUCUGUUAAGGAAUUACUUCUACCACUCAUCACUACUGUUAACGGAAUCUUUGUCAAGAAUUUGAACCUGCUUUCUGACAUAAUGAGCAAACUGGACAACAAGCAUUGGGGUGCUUUAUUAAGACAAUUCUUAAUAACUACAAACGUAAGUUUAGAAAAAUGGCAACUUGCUAUAGUCAUCAAACUCCUGGAACCUGCGAAUGAAGACUCCAUAGAUGCUGAAUGCAUAAAUCGUCUUGUCAAUUUGUUGAGCAGCUCUGUUGACGAAUUUAUCAAUGACAAGGACUUCGGAAAUGUGUUGAUAGCUGUCGCUUUGCUCAUUUAUAAGUCGCAGAAAUUAUCCGAAUCUAUUGAAACAUUGAAAGAAGCCGCGGAGAGGUACAAGGGUAUCAUGAGGUUCAAAGUUAUGAGUAUUAUUAAAUCGUCCUCGUAUUUAUGAUACAGUAUUCAAAAUAAAAUUUCAGACUGAUCCUUUAGUGCUCAAAGCGCGGGAAUUCACUCAUAACUGUGUAUAUAAGAUUUACAGUUGUAUAUAAUAUAUAAUGUAAUUUAUGUUGUAAUUAAAAUUAUGUAAUACUAAAACAUCGAAUGUUUGGAAGCCUUAUAGAGAAAAAACGUCAUUGAAUACAGAAUUUAAAUUUUUUAUGAAACAGUAUGUUUUAUACUCUUGUGAAAUGAAGGGAGCAUAAGAUUUUAUAAAAAAAUUUCGACAAAAUACUACCCCAACACCUAUUUUGGUUAUUUCUGGAAGUAUCAAUAUAGGCUGUUUAUAUUGUAUAAUUAUGCUAUAUAUUGUGUGGUACUAACUCAUGUUAGACUACUCUUGUCUGAACUUUCAUUUUUAAGCUGUAUCUCAUAUUUAACUAUAUUUUGGAAUACAUUAUAGAUCUUUUUAAAUGUUUCUUAGCCAAAAUUUACGAGUAUAUAACACUCUUACAGGUAUUGU